AGGCAGCGCCGAGUCAUUUCCUCUCCCCGGAACAAGUCACUUCUUAUUGCUUCUCUUCUUGUCAGACAUCGAUUACUUUAUUAUAUAGCAAUAUGAAUUGGUGGAGUGUGGCUUUUAUGCACCUAAAAUGGGCUCAACUUCUGUUUGCCCUUCUGAUAGGGUUUGUUUGGGGUUCAGAAAUUACAUUUGAAUUGCCCGACAAUGCAAAACAGUGCUUUUAUGAAGAUAUAAUUCAGGGGACUAAGUGCACCCUCGAAUUUCAGGUUAUCACAGGAGGUCAUUAUGAUGUUGAUUGUAGGAUGGAGGAUCCUGAUGGGAUGGUUCUCUACAAGGAAAUGAAGAAACAAUAUGAUAGCUUUACAUUCACUGCAUCAAAAAAUGGAACUUACAAGUUUUGUUUCAGCAAUGAAUUCUCAACCUUCACACACAAGACUGUCUAUUUUGACUUCCAGGUUGGGGAUGACCCCCCAUUGUUCCCUAGUGAGAAUGGAGUAACUGCAUUGACACAGAUGGAGUCUGCCUGUGUUUCCAUUCAUGAAGCUCUGAAGUCUGUUAUUGACUACCAGACUCACUUCCGCCUGAGAGAAGCCCAAGGCCGCAGCAGGGCUGAAGAUCUGAAUACAAGAGUUGCUUAUUGGUCAAUAGGCGAAGCAGUCAUUCUGCUGGUGGUUAGCAUUGGCCAAGUUCUUCUUCUAAAAAGCUUUUUUUCAGAUAAAAGAACCACCACAACACGUGUUGGGUCAUAACCAAAGGUGAUCUUGGAUAUGCUGAGCCCGCGUUGCCCAGUACUUUGAUAAGGUGCCUCAGUUCAUAAUCUGAGCACAGAACUGUAAAUAAGGGGACUUUUUUACCAGAUUAUCUCAUGGACUUGUGACAAGCAAGUUUAUAGAACUAAAAUUUACAGAGAACUGAGGUGGACAGAGUAAUUUGUUAAAUGCAGCAAUGUUAAUUUGGAUUUUUUCUUGUAUAAUUUCAUUUGUACGUCCACUGAUAAUUUAACUGGUUAAAUGUGCAAAUACAUUCAUAAUGAUAAUUUUAACAACACUUGACAAACACAGGGUGCAGUUUUCUCAGAUGUUAAAUGUUUCCACAUGCAGUUAUAUUUCUAGUAUACAGUGUGGCAAAAGUAAAAGUUCCCUUCCCAAAAGUUUUAGAAUGCCUUUAGAACUUCAUAUGGGUUGUGUUAACCAAUUGUACUUUCCCACGUUUUUCUGCACUGAAUUGUGGCUGUGUUGGAGCAGCCCACUUGCAUUGCAAAAUUGAUCUUUUCAGUUUUAGUAUAGUGGUACAUGUCAUUUGUUGGGUGGGUGAACGACUGCUGAAAUAGCUUCUUAAAUCUGAAUGUUAAUAGUUUCACGUCUGCAGUUUAGUAACAGCUAAGACAACAGCACCAAAGCUUCCUGGUAGCUUGUUUGGUAACACUGGAUUGUACUUGGGAGUUUACUAUGGUUAUAUUGUGCUGACUGUAGUUCAGGUACUAUUUCAGUUCACAUUUGUCAGUGCUGUAUAUAAUUUUUAGAAGCAGAGCUCUGAAACUGAUGUGCAUUAGCAGCCUUCACUUCCUGAAACAGCGCUGAAGUGAACUGUGGAGUCCUAAAUGAAGAUGGGUGAACUUGUUGAUCAUUCUUCUGAUUUAUCACCAAGUAUUGUACUGUGCCCUGCAACAGGAUAAUGUGGGAACUGUGCAACUUCUUGGGUAUAGCUUAGUUUGGUCUGCCUUCCCUUCUGAUUUAAAUGCAAGUGAAUGUUCAUUCAGUAGCAUGCAAGUCCUUGGCUGUGUUACUCGAAAUGCAUAAUAUUUGUUUUUUUUACCUGUUUGAGAAAACACUUUUAUGGACUGCACCAUGGAAGAUUGUCAGUUUUGAUCAAUUGUAUAUUAAAAGAAGGGCAAGCAGCAAGCCUCUUUCGAGACUUGACAUUGACAAGACAUUUGUUAAGGUUUUAUUUACAUAUAGGGGUUGUGGGAAACCAUACUGUGUAUUUUUUUUUAGAGUAUUCAUUUAAGCAGUAGUGGGAAGAAAAUGUAUAUAUGCAAAAUAGAAAAUUACUUGUGGAGAAAGAUUCUGUAAUAUUAGUUUAUCCCUUUAAAGCUGCUGCUUUUUUGUGUUUUGUAUAAUUAAAUUGUUUGAACCGAAAUGUGUGAUCAAUGAGGCGUUGCCCAUGGAUUGUUGAACAUUUUUUAUUCUGAAAUGCAGAGACUGAAUUAAUAAUUUUUUGUGUAUGGUAUGAGUUAAUAAUUUUGUUUCUGAAAGCAAUACUUUGUCAGGUGGUUCUGUAAAAGGGAAAAAGUUAAAUUAAGCAAACCCUGUGUAUAUUGGACAUGAAAAUAAAUUAAUAUAUGUAA